AUGAAGCACGGUAUCAAGCUUAGAAAGCUGCAGAGAACGCCGUCGCAUCGAUGGGCGCUGUUGAGAAAUCUUGUGUCCGCCUUGCUGCACCAUGAGACUAUCAAGACGACCUUGCCAAAGGCUAAGGAGGCAGCGAGGAUGGCCGAGAAGAUCAUCACGCUUGGGAAGAAGGGCAACGAUCCUGCUCGUCGAGCAGCCAUGGCUUUCUUGAUGCCAAGCCACUCAUACAAUCCCGAAUCAAUAACAAACGGUCCCGUCCUUCCUCCCCGACCUACCGGCUACCCUUCCUCCCCCUCCUCUUCCUCCUCUUCUUCUUCUUCUUCUUCUUCUGAUCCCAACGCCGACCCCGAGCUCUUCGUACCACCCACCACCCUCCUCCCCAAACUCUUCACGACCCUCUCUGAUCGGUACGCCUCCCGGUCGGGCGGAUACACCCGGAUCCACAAAUUCGGGCGUCGACCAGGCGACAAUGCGCCCAACGCGAUCGUGGAACUGGUGGAUGGACCACGGGAUCUCAAGUUUGAGAUGACGGCUCGCGCGGUCGGGCGCGAGUUGGCGCAGCACGCAGAGAGGAAUGGGGGCGUGGCCGCUGUGGUUGGUUCUUCAGAGGGGUCGGAUGAGUGGGAGGCACUGAGGCCGAGGACGAAAUUGGGGAGGGAAAAGGUGUUGAAGUACAGAGGGGAGAAGGGGCGCGUCGAGAUGGAGGCGAGAUCGACAGAGUGGAUGGAUCGGUUGAUGGCUGAGGAGAGGGCCAGUGGGGGGAUGCGUAGAGCAAAAGAAGGACUGGAGAAUAAGGCGUGGUCAGAGGUCGCUAGGACACCAGAACCAUACCAUGGGAGACGAUACAAGUCUGGCGAGCGCUUGUCCGGGAUGGACAUUGCUAGGAAUACAGGUCUAGGCCUCGCCCGCGCAGACCUCGGCCGGAUAUUCCGGACCAACACCCCCGACCGGCGGCCACGGUUCAUCACCCAGCCUUCUGCCCGGUCAUCGACACCCCCACUAGACGCAUAG